AUGUCAGGAGGGAACUUUGUGAUACCCAGACAAUCAGACCAUCAGAGUUGUCUAGAUAACAAAGGACCUUUCACUACUGGAACAACAAAUGUGACCAUCCGCAGACACGAUGACGUCAGUCUACCUCCCCAAGAGCGGUUCCAGAUCUUAAGCGCUCUAGGGCAGGACAUCAAAAUCAACAAAAAAUUUUCCAAGGCUUCUUACCUGAGCCUCAGAGAUGACUUCUUCAAAAUGGCAGCUGACCUGGACGAAUGUGGAAAAGAAGAAGGAGCCUUUAUUCUCUAUCAUAAAUUCCUCACAUUAUAUUUGGAAAAAAUGAACAUUGGCCCAAAACUCCGAAAAAGGAAUGCAGGUGGAAGAAGAUCGAACUUCAUCAAGAUCCUAAACAUCGUUUUUGACAGGGCCGAGAUUUUGAAGAGGAAACUACUAAACAGAUAUAACAGGGAAUAUGAAAAAUACCUAAUGGAGAUGAAGAGUAAAGAAGAGGAAGCAGCAGAGCUGGCAACUUUCUGGGAGGUCAUAAAAUCCAGAUAUUCCACUUCUUGCACUAUUCCGUUUGAUCCAUUGUAUGGAUCUAAAGAAAGCAAAAGUGGAGAAGUAGGACCUGGGAUAACAUCUACAGUAAAGGAAGCUCAACCUUCCUCAGUACCAACCAAAACCUCCAGCCCAAAACAGCAGUGUGCAGUAGAGGAGAACACUAAGUUUGUCAUCCCAAGCACAUCAACAUCUACUGAGCAGCCUGGGGCAAAUGACCCAGAGGAAAGCACAGAUCCUUUGUAUGGACCUGAAGAAAACAAAAGUGGAGAAGAAGGACCUGGUGCAACAUUAAGAGCAAAGGAAGCUCAGCCUUCCUCAGUACCAACCAAAUCCUCCAGCCCACCACAGCAGCAUUCCGGAGAGGAGAAUGCUAAGUUAAUCACCCCAAGCAUGUCAAUAUCUGAAGGGCUGCCUGGGGAAAAUGCCACAGAGGCAAGAACAGUUCAGAAAGUUAGAGGCCUAUGUCCUGUGAUCCUCCCUCACGAUUUAUGUGAGAAAUUUCUAAAGUCUGCUAGGAAGAACACUAAGAAGAAAAUUGAGACCUGUGGCGUUUUGUGCGGAUCCAUGGUAGGAGAGGAGUACCAUAUCACGCACAUAGUCAUACCACUCCAGGAAGGAGGCCCUGACUAUUGCUAUGCCACCAAUGAAGAGGAAUUGCUUUUUAUUCAGGAAGAACUGGGGCUUCUCACCAUAGGGUGGAUUCAUACUCAUCCAACCCAGAGAGCAUUCUUGUCAAGUGUGGACCUACACACCCAUUUUUGCUACCAGCAGAUGCUGCCUGAGUCCAUCGCAGUGGUGUGUGCCCCCAAAUACAAAGAAACUGGAAUUUUCUCACUGACACCUACUGGGAUAAAUGAAAUUUCCUGCUGCUCCAGGAGGGGGUUUCAUCCUCAUAGAGAGGACACUCCUCUCUUCUGCGACUGUGACCAUGUCACCACCCAGAACACCAAAGUGAUGAUCACUGAUUUACGAUGA